UUGCCAUUCAACGAGAACUCUAGAGGGCGACAUAAAGGUAACAAAUUGCAGACGACGUAAACAAAACUUAUACAUACCGGUAUUAACAGUUAGACGUUUCGAGAUGGAUUCUGAAAUUACCCUGAUAUUUACUGCAAGGUCUCCUAUGGGCAUCCCAAAACAGUCAAUUCAUGUUGUGCUAAGCAAAGACUACAAUCGAUCCAUCCUGCCAGAACAUGAGAAACAUUUAGAAGAAAUCUGGCAGCAGCGACUUUCAAAGAACCCUCACCUUUACAAUGGCUCCAAGUUUCGAUUCCAUGACAUCUUGGAGGACCCAGCAGAAGGCGGUGUGUCUUUUCACCUUGGUCUAACAGACUACAGGGAAUUCCAGGUCACCAACUGGGCACCCAAUGCGGAAGAACUUCUGCAGCUGGGGAGCAAAGACAUGGGGCGGACUCAAGCAUACAUGUCGGAUCCCCUUGGUGUAGGAUCUUUCGUGUUGACGGCUGAUGGGUUUGUUAUCUUCAUCAGGAGGAGUAGUAGGGUAGGAGAAGCAGUGGGAUUAUGGGAUAUACCAGGAGGUCAUCCAGAACCAAAGGAAGUAAAAGGAGGAUCAGCCAAUCUCAACGACAUGACCAUAAGUGACUUAGACCCUGCUGCAGUGGUGGAUGAGAUCUUCCAGUCAACCCUUAAUGAGAUACGAGAUGAAAUCAACAUCCCUCUUGAGCACCUGAGUGAACCUGUUCUUAUGGGCGUGGCUCUCAAUCACACCAGCUCUGGAAGACCUAGCUCAGAGUACUUUGUCAAAUGUGACCUCCCUUCGAAAGAGGUCAAGAGAUUGUAUCAACUGGGCGGGGCUGAAGCAGAUGAGUCUUCAGGGUUAAAGCUGGUAUCAAUCAAGGAUAUUCCAUCCUUACCAUCGUCUCCCAUGUGGUCAGAGAUGUGUCCAUCAGGAAAAGGGUGUAUUCUCCUCUACAACUCACUCAUGUUGGAUAGGUGAUGACAGGCAGGUCAGAGGGCAAAGAUCAAGAAACUGAAAUAAUGUGUGACCAAUUCAUCAUUUUCUUCAAGCACGAUAGAGUAACACAAUGCUUGACUCUUUCCCUAUGUGCAAUUAGUGUAUUCAUGUUCUUCAUGCACAAAAGAGACUGUUUAGCCCUAUCCAUGUGUAGAAAUUCAUCUUUCAAGAUAAUAUUUUUGCUGAAGGUAGUGGUAUUUUUCCUGAUAAGUUGUUUGUUUUGUUGCUUAUACUUUAUUACAAUGAUUACUUCACUGUAUUCACAAAUGAUGAAGAAGAAACUAAUAAUUAGACAAAAAUGUCUAUAACUUCACCAAAUUUCAAAGUCUGUACAGUUUACCUUGAUUCCUUAGAUAUUGUAUCAUCAUGGUACUAUCAAAAUUAGAUUCAAUCACAUGGCUCCAACUCAAAAGCUAAACUUUAAAACCAAUAUAUCCCAAAAUUUAUCCUUCCUCCUGAAACACUCUUGUGAAGUUACUUAAUGGUGACAAUAGCUUGGUCUGUUUUCCUCUCUGUUUAAUUCUAGAAAAAUUAUAUUUUCGGCAAUGGACAAUUUUCCUCCAAAUGCCCUGAGUAGCACUUGUAAGUUGAAAAAUAGCUUGUGUAACUUUAUAUAGGAUUCAAUACAAAAAUAUAAUUUGAUGCGAACUGGGAAAAAAAAAUCAUGGGUCUAGGGGCGAAUUUGCCCCUGAAAUUCCAAUAGGGUCUAGUUUUUGUCAUACAAUGUAGGAAAUUUGGGCUGGUAAGCUCUAUAAGUAACCCUGGAAAAAAAUAUGUAUUUGUCCCUGAUAUGAACAAAAGUAGAUAAAUAGCCUCCAGUCUUUGUAAUGAAUUGAUUGGUUAGGAAGUAUUAUAUCACACUAUUAAAGUAUUGGUCAAAACUGCAUCAUGUGACGCGGCGCUAUUCCGUUUGUCAUCGUCUCAGGGGUUUGGCUUACUGUCAAUUCUGUCAAACCCUCUGAUAGUACUCCCAACCCCUGAGGUAGGGGCCACAAGUUGUGUUGCUACGCGUGCAUUUAGUGGCUUGAGCUAAUUGGCUGCUUUGCUGCGCUGCGGCAGCUCGGUCAUGUACGCCCUGCCAACGAUGCACUGGCCAACUGGAACUAUUGGUUGCCCAGCAGCAGUGUAGCUCGUUUAAAUUACAAAGUGAUUUUAGCAAAUCAAAUUGAGAUUAUAGUCACAUUAGUGGUCCUAAAAUUUAAUCCAUUUGGGGCUAGAGGUAUGUGAUUAGCAAUGAAGUAUAAUAUGGACUGCUCUGUAUUCAGAUAUGACAGUGGAAAUCAUCACUCCCUCGGUGCUUUUCAUACCGGCCCCCUUCUAUCAUUGAAGGGUAGGUAUGAAAAGCACCUCAAGAAUGAUAAUUUUCAGUCAUCCUCAUGCGCAGUCAAUAUUUGUAUAAUAUGAUAUCAAAGGAUUAGUUCUGUUGAAAAUUUUAUCUGAUUAGUAAUUAUCUAGUUAUGUAUCUUUAAGAUAUGAGGUUAGUCAAAUCCAUUUGUGUAUUUUUAAAUUAGCAAUUAGGAAUGGAUUAUGAUAAUUAUGGUAAUAUUAAUAAUGAUGAUGACAAUCAGAUAUUAAUAAAAAUUAAAGCAUGAUGAUAUUUAUGACAAUAUUGAUGAUAGUAAUCAUAAUUAAAAAAGAGUAAUGAUGAUGACAAUAUGCCACUUAUGGUUAUUCUAUUUAUAAAGUUCUAUUCUAACUGGACUCUAUUUGAAGUAGCGCCACCUUUUUUAUGAAGGUGUUGAUGGAGCUUGGAGAAACAACCGAUAUUACUGUAAAAAAAUAUAGGAAACAUUUUUCACCAGUUUGAAAUUAAGGCUUUGUUUUUGGCAACGAGAAGCCCAGUACAUACUUAUGUGCUUGCUGAGUUACCCCCAAUAUUCCCUGGUGUUUUGAUGAAAAGGCACUUUAUAACCACUAUACAUCAAAGACUGACAUGUGAUAACAUAUGCAUUCAAAUGCUUGCUAAUAAUAAGAAUUUAAUCUAAAAAGAUAUUUAAAAUCUAGUUGAUGUGACUGAUUGAGAAUCUGAUUUAGCACAAGAACAUGUUUCAUUUGUAAAGUCAUCCAUAGCUUUAUGUGCGGCUUUUUGACACAUUCCCUAUAUCAACUUGUUGCAUGGAUAUUUGUUUAUUGGAUCAUUAUUCAUUUAUCACACAGUUAUGCUUGUGUCAUAUUUUAAUGAAUAUAUGCCAAUGUGCUGUAAAACAGUUUUGGCCUCAGAGGGAAUGUGCUAUAUCAAAAUAGGUUAUUAUUAUUGAAAUCAUCAUUAUUGGGAAAGGUGCUUGAUAACAUUCUGGGCCCAUUAUAGAAAGAUUUGGAAUCAAAUGAAACUAAAAAGAAUUAAUUCAAAUCCAAAAUGCUCACUUCUUAUUGGUUGAAAAUAAAAUUGUUUGAUUGUAACCUUUUUCAACUCUCAUUGGAAUAUCACCUUUCAUUGGAAGAGGUAAUAAAAAACAGAACUUUCUUUGUUGUCAUGGUAAUUGACUUCAGUUGCUAUCAUAGCAACUUUUUAUGAAACGGGACCCUGGGUUGUACAGUGACAAACAGGAGCAAGUGAUAUAUCAGCAAAAUUUAUUUUUUAAUGAUUAAUUUGCUUUCUUCUGGGCCAAAUUUUAUGCACGAGCGCUCAUUCUGCAAAGAGAUAUAUCAGACAAGGCAUGACAUUGCAUUGAUGUCAGUAUAUUAGCAAUAGGUACAUUGGACCUUCUGAAGGAAAUUUCAUUUAGAAAUAUCAUUUGCAUCCUUCUACCAAUAUAGGUCAGAAUGGAGUAAUACAAAAUUGGGUAUCAGGUUUGUGGACUCUUGACAGUCAUGAGCAAUAUUUGUAUGUAAACAGGCAUUGUUUUUUUUUUUGUCAAUUAUUGGUAGCAAAAUAUAUUUAACAUUCCAAAUAAUGUGCCUUGUUAUUUAUGACAUUGAUUGAAAUUUUAGCUGCAUUUAGAUGUAAAGCAAUAUUUGUGCAUGUACUGAUAUGUAAUUAUGCAUCUGUAUGCUCUGUGCAUGCCCUUGUAGAUACUAGUACAUUAUAUAUAUUAUUAUUAUUAUUAUAGAAAAGCUGAUUUCCUAUGUAUAAAAGUAUAUAAGAACUGUCUAUUUCCUAAAAAAUAUCUUGAUUUUUAUAAAAGAUGUUAAUAAUGUAUUUUUUAAUCUUGUGUCAUGUGGGCAUUGGUAUU